CCGGAUGUUCCCUGAGUGAGUCUUCGGCGCGGGGGCGUGUCCCGUGCGUCCGUGGCGCAAGAUGGCGCUACCCUUUGCGCGUUCUUGGCGCCUGUGCCGCUGGGCUGUGAAACGAUGGGGAGUAGCCGCUGGGGAAUCCUGGAGAGGCAUCAGUUUCAAACUGGAAGAAAAAACCGCCCACAGCAGUCUGGCACUUUUCAGAGCUGACACAGGUGUCAAAUAUGGCUUGGUGGGGUUGGAGCCUACCAAGUUAGCCCUGAAUGUGGAGCGGUUCCGGGAGUGGGCAGUCGUGCUGGCAGACACAGCGGUCACCAGUGGCAGACACUACUGGGAAGUGACAGUGAAGCGUUCCCAACAGUUCCGAAUAGGAGUGGCAGAUGCGGACAUAUCCCGGGAUAGCUGCAUCGGUGCCGAUGAUCGAUCAUGGGUGUUCUCCUAUGCCCAGCGCAAGUGGCACACCAUGUUGGCCAACGAGAAAGCCCCAAUCGAGGGGAUCGGACAGCCAGAGAAAGUGGGACUGUUGCUGGAGUAUGAGGCCCAAAAGCUGAGCCUGGUGGAUGUGAUCCAGGUCUCUGUGGUCUGCACGCUACAGACAGAUUUCCGGGGACCAGUGGUGCCUGCUUUUGCUCUUUGGGAUGGAGAGCUCCUGACUCAUUCUGGACUUGAGGUGCCUAAGGGUCUCUAGCAUGUCCAUUACUGGAGUACCUAAUGCUCUUGGCCAGCUUUCUGUUUAAAGUGUCUGCAACUGUUUUACAUUGCAUCAAACAACCUCUAGCUCCCACAGUUCAGUGUCAAGCCCUGUACAUUAUCUUAAGUCAUUGUCUCCUGUCUCCUAACUUGUGAAAGCUAGGCCUAUGGCCAAGCUUUCCCCUCAGACUACUGCCAGUUUCUUGGACAACCAUGGAUAUAUGUUCCCUCAUUUGGUUUGUUUAGUUUCUCUGCCUUGCCUGCCCAUUGCCAGGUCUUUAUGAGACUAUUCAGUUCAGGAGCCUUUUUUUUUUUUUUGAAUCAGUGUCUUGGUGCGAUGUAGUUCAGACUGUCCUUAAACUGUAGUGCAGUGUGGCCUCAAAUUCAUGGUAAUUCUCCUGCCUCAGCUUCCUAAGUACUGGGAUUACAGGCACGUGCCACCAUGCCUGGCUCUGGAGUCUUGUCUUUCAGUUGUAUUUGAAUUAUGUAUUCAUCACUGUAUUACCUCUCCUUCCUUAUACCCAUGUAUAACUUUUGGAGGUUCCAGAGUGAAUCAUUUCUACCUCUGGCUGUAGGAGUUGUGCAGUCAGUGACUUGAACCUUUCUCUACAACCUACAGAGUGUGAACUCUGGUUCCCUAAAUGCUUUAAUGACUCAGUAGGUUUGAGAAGAGUCCUCCUUCCCUAGUACCUCCAUGCAUAGACUCACAUGACUGCAGCAAUCCUCAUCCUGACACCUAGCCAGUCUGUCAUAAUCAUUGUGACAGUUACAACUGUGACCAAAGAGAAGAGACACUAGACUGAUGAUAACUAAGGGAUUAGUGCCAGCAACUUUAUUCCUAAGAACUUCCAUCUUAAUUUCUGCUACAGUUGAAAAUUCAGAGGAAGCUGGGUGUUUAGCCCUGGCAGGGGCGAGGUUGUGAGUUCAUGAGUUCAUUCCCCGGUAGUAGGGGGUGGGGGAGUUCAGAGGAAGAAGACCUAAGGUUUUACAACAUCUGUUUUUGGGUCUCAUCAGAUCCAAACCCCCUUUCCCCUUGGCAGCAGAAUACAUUUAACCUGAAGCAUUAUUUAGGGGUGAGGAAAACCUGGUGGGAUAAGUGAGUAUGUGUAUGAAAUAUGUGUUGUUUGGGCUAUCUGAUGCUGUGGUUCUGUCUUAUUCUACCUUCUAUGAUGGUGAUGAAGCUGGAUACCCUUAGGGGAGAGAAAAAAUGAACUUAUCAAAAAUAAUAACUUGUGUAAUUAAAGUUUAUUUGAGAGCGAAA